AUGGCACCAACAGCAACCCCAGCGCCAGCUUUGCGGCCCUCUAUCCCGGUCGUGCAAAAAUGCGAUGUCGAUGCCAUGGCCGCGAUGGCCCAUAGAGGCAAAGCCCUGCCCGGAAUACCCGAUUUUGACUCACAUGCCCAAAAGCGCCAGUGGCAGCUGGAACAUAUGGCAUGCGCAUUCCGUGUCUUUGCCCGCGAGGGCUACGCGGAGGGAAUAUCCGGGCAUAUCAGUGUGCGGGAUCCAGAAUUUGAAGAUCGCUUCUGGAUCAAUCCACUCGGGGUGCACUUCGGCAUGUUGAAAGCUAGCGACAUGAUUUGCGUGGACCUGGACGGCGAGGUUGUUGGUGGGAAUACGGCUGGCUCCAUCAAUGCUGCUGGCUUCCAAAUUCACAGCUCAGUGCAUCGCUCUCGGAAAGAUGUGCAUGCCAUCUGUCAUACACAUUCUAUUCAUGGUCGAGCUUGGUCUGCGUUUGCGAAACCUCUUGAUAUGAUCAACCAAGAUGUCUGCUAUUUUUACAAGGCCCAUUCGGUGUACUCGGACUAUGGUGGAAUUGCCAAUGAGGCCUCUGAGGGACAACGGAUUGCUAAAAGUCUUGGAGAUGGCAAGGCUGUUAUCUUGAUGAACCAUGGGCUCUUGACAGUGGGUGAGACGGUUGAUGAGGCAGCGUUUCUGUUCUGUUUAAUGGAGCGGAGCUGUAAAGUGCAGUUGCUCGUUGACCGCACAGAGAUGGAGAAGCAAAUUGUGAGCGAUGAAGAAGCAGCUUAUAAUUUCAAAAUGGCCAGCACACCGGAAUGUCUCUAUACUGAGUUUCAACCACAUUAUCAGUACGAAGACCACCUAUCUUAUGGUAACUUCAAAUAUUAG